AUGUUGGAAGCAUUCGAGAUCUUGACUGCCUCAGGGGUAGUCCUGUGGUCGAAGUCGUACGCGCCCGUCGGGGCGCAUAUUGUUAACAGCCUUAUCAGUGAUGUCUUCAUUGAGGAAAAGGUCCAGCUUCAAGCAACGAGCAACGCUGCCCCGUCUUUUAAGAAAGAGAAGUAUACUUUAAAGUGGAAAAGGGUGAAGGAAUUUGACUUGAUCUUCGUGGCCGUCUAUCAGUCUCUCUUACAGCUGGGUUGGAUCGAUAAACUCCUGGACAAUAUCUCCACCCUGUAUAUCGAUCUGUACAAGGACCAACUACGAAGUACCCGCGCAAGGAUAGCACAAUACCCCUUUGACAAAUACUUUGACCAGCAAGUUCGGGAGCUUGAGGAUAAGUCGGGGCCUAUCUCUUCAGAGGCAUUCGUGGCUCAUGCGGUUGAUAAGAAAGACCCGCUGGUUUCGUCUGACAAUGGCGGUCCCCCUCCGCCACCAGUGCCUGGUCUUCUCAAAGGUAUGUCUCAAAACGGGCUUAUCGGUUGUAAUGAUGCUAACAUUCCUAAAGCGCAGCAUCAAGCUGCGCUAGCCGGGGCGACCUCUGAUGAGAGUACGCCACCACACACCCCGGAUACAUCGCGGUCAUCCACCCCUGUGGCGAACCACAUCAUAACUGCCAAGGGAGGACCAGCUGGCCGAGUUUCGCGUCGUGCUCGCAAGGCCGCUAAUGCCAGCGCCAAUGCUUCCUCAGGCGACGAAACCCGCAAAGGAAAAACACCCAAGAGCGGCAAAAAGAUGCGCAAGUGGGAUGCCGAUGGAUUUGCCGAUGAAGAUGAUGGUCAGGUCCUUGACUACUCAGCCCAUGCUGACGGUGAAGAAGCGGCUGCUCCGGCUGUGGAAGGCGUGUCGCAAGAUUCUUGGGGACACAGAACUGGCAAGGGCCAGUUCGUACUGAAAGAUCUGGGAGAUGAAGUUCACUCUAUUUUGGAAAAUGCAGGCAGCGACAAAGCAAAGGAUGCGUCCUCUGCUGGCUUCGUCGGUUCAGGAUUCAAUGCAAUUGGAGGUCUUCUGCGUAACAUCGUGGGCGGAAAGACCCUUACCGAAGCGGAUUUGGAGAAACCCUUGAAGACCAUGGAAGAUCAUUUGUUGAAGAAGAACGUCGCACGCGAGGCUGCGGUCCGGCUGUGCGAGGGUGUCAAGCGGGAGCUCGUGGGGAAGAAAACAGGCAAUUUCCAAAGUGUGGAUGCUGCUUUGCGCUCGGCCAUGGAGUCAUCUCUUCGGAAGAUACUGACGCCUACCUCUUCUCUUGAUCUGCUUCGUGAGAUCGAUGCAGUUACGUCUCCCACGAGCAAGCAGCAGGCUCCUCGUCCUUAUGUUAUCUCGAUCGUUGGUGUAAACGGCGUUGGAAAGUCAACGAAUUUGGGAAAGAUUUGUUAUUUCCUGCUGCAGAACAAAUACCGUGUUCUAAUCGCCGCAUGCGAUACCUUCCGAUCUGGAGCUGUGGAACAGCUACGUGUUCAUGCACGGAACCUCAAGGAACUGAGUGCCCGCGAGAACGCUGGCGAGGUUGAGCUGUACGAGAAGGGCUACGGAAAGGAUGCAGCGAACGUGGCGAAGGAUGCUGUCGAAUACGGAGCUGCCAACCACUUCGACGUCGUGCUUAUCGAUACUGCCGGCCGCCGGCACAACGACCAGCGCCUCAUGUCCUCGCUCGAGAAGUUUGCUAAAUUCGCUAACCCAGACAAGAUCUUCAUGGUCGGCGAAGCCCUGGUUGGCACGGACAGUGUGAUGCAGGCUCGCAAUUUCAACCAGGCCUUCGGUACUGGGCGAAACCUUGACGGCUUCAUCAUCAGCAAAUGUGAUACAGUUGGUGACAUGGUGGGCACCCUGGUCAGCAUGGUCCAUGCUACGGGUAUUCCCAUCGUCUUCUUGGGAGUUGGUCAGCAUUACGGCGACCUGAGAGGGCUCAGUGUUCCUUGGGCUGUCAAUCUGUUGAUGAAGUGA